AUGCAACGCAUAAGUCCCGAUGCAAAAGAGAAAGUUCAAUUGCAGCUUCUCAUGCACAAUGGCGAAUCGUACACAUUUCAGUUUGCUGAUCCAGCCGGAAAGUCCAUUCAACUACAAAUGCGAAAUAGUGUCAAGGAACUUCUUCAGACUCUUCUAUCGAAAUUCAAAGAUAAAUUAGUCGUUACUGGGCUUCUUAGCUCCGAAGAAUUUUGGGCCAGACCCGAAUUUACAUCUUCCACCGAUACUGCACAUUCUCAACCUGUACCUACGAAACAUGGACAGUCACAAGAUUCUACCUCAGAACACCCAAGUGGUCAAUUGUCUCAAUGCUUCCAACAACAUCAGAAUAAAUUGCAGGCAGUUGGAGUGCCAAAUUAUCUACUAAGUGACAUUAAGCCUGAAGCAGAUGGAGCUAAUGGAAUCAAAUAUAAUCUCACCCAUGAAACCAUUGAAGCUAUAUUCCUUGCUUAUCCAAUGGUAAGGCAACGGCAUAAAGAUCUCGUGCCUGAUACUCUUUCUGAGGCUGAUUUUUGGAUUAAAUUCUUUCAAUCUCACUACUUUCAUAGGUGA